AUGUUGACCCCAGCCACCCUCCAGACGACCCUCCCGCUCCGGCCCCGUGGCGUGGCCCAGGGACCAGUGCAGCCCAGUAAAGUCAAGGGCAUUGCGGCAAAGUGGCACGACUACAUCAGCAAGAGUGACAACGACCUGGACAAGUGGAAGCAACUUUGCAGUGACCUUGGCAAGCCGUCCGACACUUUCACCAGCAAGACGCAGUGCCGAAAGGCACUCAGGGGCGUCUGGGUCAACAUCCACGACUUCCUCGCUGCCGAGAACAAGCCCAAGGACGUCCGUUUCUUCAAGAGCGAGCGUGCCCUGGCGGCAUACACGCGGAAGACGCACAAGGUCUUCCCACGCCGCGACAUCAAGCAAGGAGACCCGCUGCGUGACCUCUUGGCUCACAUCUUGUGA